AUGUCUCGGCCCAGGACGGCUCCGACGCGCUCGCCAUGCUUCGAACGCAUUCUCGCAACCCCCAACACGAAUGUGGACAUCGUCGCCGUACCGCCCAUAGGGGCUCAUCACAAGAAGACGUGGACCGCACAAGGAACACGAUCACCAUGGCUUGGACCUGGAUUUCUCAGCUUCAUGCCCAGAGCACGGGUGCUGCUGUACAAUCAUGGCGAGUUGCGGGAGCAUGACAAGAUUGAAGCACUUGGCCAGCGCCUACUGAAUCUUCUCCUAGAAGAACGCAGGCAUGAGAUCUCUCGCCGACCCAUAUUCUUUAUCUGCCACAGCACUGGCGGCCUUGUGGCCAAGGCUUGCUUGGCCCUAGCUUCACGAACCGAGCAGAGUCAGGCCAUUCUCACCAGCUGCCACGGCAUCGCGUUCUUUGCAACCCCCCACCAAGGCUCAAGCUACCUGUCUGCUGAGGAAUAUGCACCGAGUAUCCGUCGCCUCCUUCAUCUGGAACACGAUAUUCCUCUAUCUUUGCGAGAGCAGUUCCGCCCCCGCUCAGGUCGAUUAUGGCAUCUUUCCAACCAGUUCAAGGCUCUGUCCGCGGACAUGAAGGUUUGGUCUUUCCUCGAGACGAUAGACUCGACCUUACACGUCCAGGAUCCGGAGACUGGCAAAUACAUGGAGUUCCACGCACCCAUCACGUCUAUCCGUUCAGGCCUGCUGAGCAUUGAGCACGAAAGCGAGAUCCCGAUGGCAACCGACCACGCUGGGACAGCAAAAUUCCAAGGACAGGAUUCGGCUCGAACAGACUUCUUGCGCGAGCUAAAUGAGGCUGUUAACGUGGCAGUUAAGCUGUCGGUGGAGAUGGAUACCUACCUUCGCGUGGAGCAAGAAGUCAUCGUUCAAGUCAACGGUUUCUUCGAGGAUACGGCACUGGGUGUUAGCGACGAGACGCCGCUCAAGCUGUGGUCAACACGCGUGACUCUUGAGGACUACCUUGCUCGGGGACCGUCAGAUUGCCUUCGUGAGCGCCUCACGCGCAUUCAGCCAGGCGGCUUAGAUGAUUCGUCCGUCAGCAGUUUUGACAGCCGUCAUUCUUUCCCGCAUAUUAUACCAGGGCCAGACGAGCCCGAGGAUGACUCCGUCCAGAGGAUUCCAGAUAAUUCUAGAGAUUCAGAAGGUGAAAUCCGGCCCUCGCGACCGUCGAUGAAGCAUAGCAGGAGUUUCAUGGAUCCAUCGCCAAUGUCCCCUACUAUACAUAUUACUGAGGCCGAAAUGGAUGGGUAUUUUGAGACAGGCAGUUCUCCCAGCGAAAGCCCUCCACCGCCAGUGGAGCGACCGCGAAGCAACUCUAUUUCGAAAGCAAUGGGACUGAUACCCUUCACGAGAUCGCACAGGCGCAGUGCAUCUGAUAGCAGUUCGCAGGCAAGCAGCUCGCGGCCCGGAUCAAGUUCCACAUCCCCACAGCGACAAGGCCUUCUGCCAGUUCCUCCCUCCACUCGAGACCGCAUCAAUCAGAAUGCUGAGGCUCCAGAUAUCCCCCGUUCCGUUCCUCGUUUCGAUCGACCGGAACCUGACACAGAAAAGCUCCUUUGGAUUCACAUCCCCUAUACACACACGGGUUGGGUAUCACAGGUCAUUCGCCGGGCAUGUGAGGACCGCGAUGAGCCAACAUUCGUGAGAAAAUUUAUCAAUGAUAAGAAUUGGUACCUUAACCUCAACAGAGCACGUCAUCUUGAGCCGCAUGCACGUUUCGUCAAGCCGCAAUGCAUACAUUCGAGGCAAAUCGAUGUAUCUCACGAUACCGAUUCCGAGGAUUCGGAUGACCCCCAGCUAGCCUUAUAUACUCCAUACCUCCACUGGGAUACAUAUCGAAACCUCAUCCAACGUCGCAAGGUCGUCGAAGACCGACUCCGUCAAGGCCGCUCCCGACCAGUGCCUGGCCGAAUUGCCCGAUCAAGUCUAGAAGCCCAGCUCAUAUGGCAGUAUCUCGGAUGUGAGCCACCUAUUCAUUUCCGUCGCACGCUGGAUCAAUUCGGUUACCCCAAUCUCCGUUCCACGGUCGCUCGAGAUGACGACCAGAUGCUCUGGAAGCGGACGCGCAAGCCCGCCCGGUUGGAUGAUCAAUUACGAGAAUACCUCGAGACACCGGAAGACGAUGCAGAUGAUACUGAACCCACUGAGUUCAUGGAUGGAAAUGUUCUGAUGGUUGACCAACUUUGGUUGUGGAUUCUGGACCAGAAAACCUCGAAUCUCCACAGCAGUAUCUACAACGAGCUCAAUGGAGAUCUGGCACGUCGAUUUGAGACAGCCGGGGAUCUUGCGGCUCUUAUCAUGCUUCACGCAACGACUGUGCUUCUGGAUAAAACCCUUCACCAUGAUCUACAAGUGCUACGCAUAUUUGAAGAAUCGAUCAGCAUUCUGACCGAGUCAGUCACAAAGUCUUUUAAACGGUUCCGAAAUCGCGGAUUUACGAAUCGUCCAGCCGACCACAACCGAACCCCGGAAGGCAGGAUGAUGACAGCCAACCAACGCGAUCAGCGAGACCAGCAAAUCGCACGACGCAAUCGAGAAGACCUGUCUGUGCUUCUUGAGCUACGGGAUAUUGAGGAUGAGCUUACUACUAUCCUAAAGCUCCUCGAACAGCAGGACUCUGUCAUCAAGAGUAUGAAAAAGUACUUCGACCGGAAGAACUACGGCAAGGUAUUCCUGGAUAUUGCACAGUCGAGAAUCGAUGAAUACCGCACACAGGUUGAAGAGAUGAAGUCAAAUAGCCAUACUGCCCAGAAGGCUGUGGAAACUCUUCUUGAUCUCAAGCAAAAGCAGGCGAAUGUGGACGAGGCCAAGAUGGCUCGGUGGCAAGCCGAGGUGACGCAAAACCAAUCAAGAUCGGUCAUGGUGUUCACGAUCUUCACCGUCAUAUUCCUUCCUCUUUCGUUCUUUACAUCUCUUUUCGGUAUCAACGCCCGGGAAUGGAGUGGGCAGAACGAGAAUUUGAGUUUGGCGACCAUGCUCGAAAUAGCUGCACCCGCCUCCUUCGCAAUAAUCGGUCUCUCCCUUCUGAUGGCAUUCAGUGAAAGCCUUCGCGAGGUUGUGACCAAGUCGCAUAGAAUAAGCGCUGGGCUGAUCGGGGAAUACCUACUGCACCCUAUCAGGUCAUUUCUUCAUUGGGAGUCUGUCAAACACAAAAUGCCCUCUCCGGUAGUACCCGAGGACUCGAGUAUGCGGGAAAGGUUCAAUCGGUAUAUGGGCUAUGAGCGUCAUAAAGUAAAGUUUGAUGAGGAUUUUUGGCAGCGACGACAGAAGAACAAAGCUUCCAUUGUCGAAUUAGAGCAGCAGAUGCGUCGGGCUAGGACCCAGCCUGGGCCUGAAACUGCACUCUCUAUUCUCGCAGAAAGAGCGCGGAGGGGCGAAGCGGUCUAA